GGAGCUUUUGUUCAAUCGGCUCACAUGUAACAUUCACUUUCUUUAUUUUUUUCCAACAAUUUAAGUUGAUUAAUUUUACUUUAUUGUUUAGUAUUUUAAUCAUUUUAAGAGGAUUAUGAUCAACAAUUAAUUACAUUUCUAAAAAUCAUCCACAAUAUUGGAUUUGCUAUAAAUUGGAUUUAAUUGUGAUUGUUAAUUACUGUUGAUCAGCAUAUCAAUCUUGAUCUAAGAUUGAAUCAAAAUGUUUGGAGGUGUUAAUGUUGAUUGUCAAAGAUUGUAAAUAUAUGUGUUGAAGUCAAUUGAUUUAUUUUGGCUUUCUUUUUGUUUUGAUUCAUUAUUUUUCUGUUUAAUUAGUUUAAAUGAUUAACCGGACAAUGAAACAGGAAGAUGAAUCAUUAACUGUUAUAUUGGUCAGUAAAAGUGACGAUAUUCCUGAUUUAAAAAUAUCUCAAGGUGAUACAAUGAUAAUUGGACGUAAUCCGAUAGCCAAGAUUAAGAAUAUCAAAUGUCCCCGUCAGUUGUAUCAAAUUGAGCUACGAGCUGAAAUCUCCGAUUGGUUUGUUAAACUGACCAAUCUUAAAACAAAAGAAACCAGUAUUGUGAAAGAAGGUGAAACUAUAACUGGACCUGGUUUUGAGUAUCAAGUUAAAUUUGAGAAAGUGUCAUGUCAAUCAGAAACAAUCUCAUCAACAAUUAACAAUAAUGAUUCCCCUCCUGGAGAGAUAAGCUUGAUUCGGAAAUCUUUUGAUGAAGAAGAGUCUGAAUCAUUAAACCAAACACCAAUAAAGAAGCUCAAAGUUGACGAUAAGUCACAAACACCAACACCAACAUCAUUGUCAUCGCUUUCAUUAUCCCUACCUGAGGUAAAAAAUAUGGACCAAAAUUCAAGAUCAUCUUAUUGGGAAGAGGUUGGUGAAGGAUCUGUCCAAAUUUACCACUACCUUGGCGGUGGUAAACCCUCAUCAAAAAUUAUCGCCUUUGAUUUUGAUGGAACCCUGGUCAAUGUUAAAAGUGGCUCUAAAUUUCCCAAAGAUGGUAACGAUUGGAAACUAUGGGAUAAAAAUCUUCCCAAUUUAAUAUCAAAAUACGUUGAUGGCUCAGAUAAUUGUCAUAGAUUUGUCAUCUUUAGUAAUCAAAAGGGUGUCUCAGCUGGACUCAUGCCUUUGGCUAAUGUACAGCAACGGAUUGAAUCUUGUUUGGCCGCUAUUGGUGUACCUUGUAUCGCUUUUUGUGCUCUACAGGAUAACAUUUAUCGUAAACCAAGGCCUGGGCUUUGGUAUUUACUUCAAAAUUGUUACAAUGAUCUAAUUAAUAUCGAUUAUGAAGAAAGUUUCUAUGUCGGCGAUGCUGCUGGUAGGAAAACUGCUCUAAACAAAGAUCACAGCUGUGCUGAUAUACUUUUUGCAAUUAACAAUGGAAUUCCGUUUGCCACACCCGAACAAUUUAGAGUUGGUAAAAAAGCCAAGAAGAUGAUACCGGAUCCAAGCUCAUCUAUUUACAACUUACCGGCCUUCAAUCCAAGAUCACUAAGAUCACUGAAAACACCAUUCGCCGCUGAGCUUAACCCAACAGGAAAGGAAAUGACUAAAUUUACUGAUUGUGAUCAACUUAUGACCAGAAUUAAUCAAUCGCCGUCUCAUUGUAUCGUUUUUAUUGGUUUACCUGGAGCCGGUAAAUCAACUUUUUUUAAUGAACUUUUAUCAACCAAAGGCUAUUUUCGGAUUAAUCGAGAUGAAUUAGGAACCAUGGACAAAUGUACAAGAGAAUUUGAGAAAUAUGUAAAAUCAUCGACGUCCAAUCAAACAAAACUGGUCAUUGAUAAUCUCAAUGUAGAUUUAGUGAGUCGAGGCUCUUGGUUAAGUUUGUGUAAAGUUCAUAACUUAACACCGAUUGCAUUUCAAUUUAACAUUAGUCGUGAACAUGCUAUUCACAAUAACAAUUAUCGCCGAUUGUUAAAUCAAAUGAGUCCAAAUAGUACUAGUCAAUCAGUUCCCGAAUGGUUGAUUAGUAAACACUCAAAAAAUCUCGUUCAACCAACAAUUAAGGAAGGAUUUUCUUCACUGUUCAAAAUUAACUUUUCUCCCAAUUUUGGUGAUCGUGAUGAUCGAGAAAUUGAAUUGUAUUACAUGUAUCUAAAUGAAAAAUGAUCCAAAUUAUUUCCAGGACAAUAGACCAAGUCAACAUUUCGUCCAUUAAAUAUUGAUUAUUUUCCAAUUGAACUAAA